CAAAAGUGUCCGAUAGCAAGACUAGUGUAAGGAACGCAUUGAUUCCGCCAUAAUACGCCGACUAAACAAUUCUCGAAAUCGCAUUACAAUUUUCUUGAUUUUCGAGUUUCCAUUAAUGCAACCUCUAACUCGGAGCUCAAACGGGAAAAUAUAAUUCAUCCAAAAAAUACUUACAUGUUUCCACAAUUAUAUGCAUUGUCUUGUCUGCAUUCACUCUGGUCUGUUUAGAAGUGUCUCUCUCCACCCUUUUGUUCUCUUCUUGUUUUGUGGAUCGAGGCUCUGAGAUCAGUAUAAUUCAUGACCCUUUAUUGAGAAUUUGAUGGAGGACAGACGAUUAGAUUACUAUCAACCAUUACUAUCAGUGAGGCGUUCCCCAUCACCAGCACCACCAGAAAGAAAUAGAAGUGAGAAAGAUGAUCAAUCCUGGCCAAAAAUUCCUAUACUUCCUUUCUACAAAUCGGAGCUUAAAUCAGGCCCUAUCAGAAAUGCAGGGACUGUUCCUUUUGUCUGGGAACAGUGCCCAGGAAAGCCGAAGAAUGAAAGUAAGUCACAUAAUGGGACUGAUCAGAGUCCUGUCAUUGCCCCAAGACUUCCUCCUGGGAGGAUCAAGGCAGUGAGGAAACAAACUUCUGAGUAUUCAAGUGCCAGUCAGCAACACAAGGAAGUUCCUUUUGGCUUACAUAAAGUAUCUUUUCUAGAUGAAAUUGAAUCAAUAACAGAGAGUACCAAAGAUGUGCUGGAAAUUGGAAACUCUGAUACAAAUGAAGCCGAUGAAGAGUAUUUGGAUGCACUUGAUACUUCUCCAAGGACUGAAUCCAUCUUUCUGAAUAGUAGUUUUAGUGGUAUAAGUGAAUUGGACGGUUCAAGUGUAAAGACAUACGGAAACUUUUCAGUAGAUCUAGAAACGCGUGAUUUAAUGAUGGAUCGGUUCCUGCCGGCAGCGAAGGCAAUGACUUCUGAAGCACCUCAAUAUGCUCCCAGAAAGCAGCCUAUGGUUCAGGAGCAACUAACACAGAUGAAAGUAGAAAGCAGGGAUAAAAGUCCUCCACUUGGGUAUAGGCCUAAUGUUGUGCCAUCUUAUGCUUUCGAGGAAGGAGAAGAAGAAAGUGAUGAUGAUUAUGAUGAUCAUGGCCGAUUGCCAGCAAAAGCUUGUGGGUUACUACCCCAAUUAUGCUUAAAAGGCUCUUUUUUCCCUUCAAACCCAUUGCCAGGAAUGCGUAGGAGGACGCAAGUGCAGUUAUCUAGAACACAUGGAAGAUCUUUAUAUGCUGCUUCAUGCUGUAUAAAUGAGAAUAAGGGCAUCAAGGCUACUGCUUAUCGGCAAAAAAUAGUAGGUGAUUUGCAGAUCAGUAAACAUGAAGAUGCAAUUGAGUCUAAAAAUCAGUUGGACCAACAUAAUCACUAUUUUCCUCAGAAACUGGAGGGGUCAGACUUGUAUAGACGUGUGCAGGCUGGCAGGAUCCCAGCCCAGAAAAAUGAAUUAUUACAGCCCACAUCUUCACAAAAACCUCUGUCAUCCUAUGAUUAUGAAUUACCUAGAUAUGGCUUUUCUGAACAAAGAGGGGACUUUAGCAAUCAUAAAGAAGCGAAAAAUGCUGGGGAGACUGCUGUCAAUAUUAACAAAGGUAAGGGUUUUAGAACGUUUAAAGAACUAUUGGCCGAUACCAAUAGCAAUGAAGAAGUAGAUAUUAGAAGUCCUGUGAUCGAGAAAACCCUGCAUGUAGAUAUUAUACAUAAGGUGGAAUCUCCUAGUAUGUGUUCCUACAGUCUGGAGAUGAAAGGGAUUCCAAAAUUGAAUGCAGAUACUCUAAAAGAUAUCGAGAAAUGUAUGCUAGUGGAAAACAAUCACUCUGCAGAUUCUUCACACAAAGAUGCUGAGAAUUUCAUUGUAAAGCUUAAAGAGGAUUACAUAAAGGUUACUGCUCAGAAGCAUGUUGCUGAUUUUACUGCCACAUCUUUAGCUGAAAGAUCAGAACAAGUAUCAGCAAACAAACUUCUAAAGGAUUCUGCUCCGUGUAGAAGUCCUACAAAGGAUUUAGCCACCGCCAUGAAAACAGAAGCACUUGACGACGUGAACAAAGAUUCUGAGAUUCGAUCUCUAAAUGCAGAAGAUGCAAGAAAACCUAAAGAAAACUACUCCAUGUUUUCUAGCCCUCCACCAUUACCAAAAUCUCCAUCAGACUCAUGGCUUUCGCGUACUUUGCCUACCAUUGUGUCAAAGGCACCGUCUUUGCAAGCACAAUCUGGAAAAACGAUUCUUCCUGCCCCUGGUAACCACACUUCUAACAAAUCCUCUGCUGAUCAAAAGUGGGCAACAGUUGUUAAAAGUAGCAGGGUCCACCAUCGACAUGAACCAUUAACAUCUAUACCAGAGAUUUAGCAAAAGCCUGUUAUGAAGUUAUAUAAGCUGUUCCGCUGCUAUCAUACAUUGGCUGGAAGUCCUUUUGCUUGAAAAACACAUGGGUUCCAAAGUAAAUACCUUUCUCUUAUAUUACAUUGCAGGUGGUUCUUUGUUGAUUAGUGGGAAUAGUGAAGGGUCAUAUUACAUUUUGUAAUCAGAAGUUGAAACAAAGAUGUUCUCGGGAAUUGUUUCUGUACAGGGUAAUGGAGAUGUUAAUUGGAUAAUGGAUACCCAUAUUUAUCUACUUUUCUGGUGGACAUUUUGCUCCUGGAUUACUGAAUCUUUGCCAGUUGAUUCCUAUAGGAUUCUCAGUUGGUAUUGGUCAUGUCUCACAUUUUAGGUACUGCUGAAUUUGAUCAACAAACCUUUUUCUUUCAUCAAAAUUUUAAGGAAUUAUUUUUGCA